AUGCUGCGAGUCACGCUGCUCUCAGGGGAGGAGGUACAAGUUCCUGUUGAGGAGCUGAGCGAUGUGAAAGCCUUGAAGCACCGAUUGCAUUGGCGGCACGGCCUCCCGCCGCCCUUCAAGCAAAGGCUGCUUCACGAGGGCAACACCUUGGAAGAUGCCGUGAAGCUGGACUCAGUGAUGGAUCUGCAGGUGGUGUCUGUGACGUGGUGCGAGGCUUCCGAGGAUCAGCGGAGAGCACUGCGUGAGGCGCUGCUUCGUGACGAAAGCAGUUCCAUGGCAUCUGAGGUUGAGGCUCUGCUGCAAGUCCCAAUAGACCCGGACCUCUGCAUCCAGAAGGAGGAUACUGCCUUGAUCCUGGCGACGAGAAACAACAGCAUCCAGGUCGCAGGGCUCCUCCUGGAGGCCGGUGCUCAGAAGAAUCUCCGGUGCGAACAUGGUCGUACAGCCUUGAUGGUGGCAGCACAAUUGGGUCGCCUUGAAAUCGUGCGACUACUCGUCGCGGCCGGUGCUGAUGUGGAUUUGCAGGACGAACGCGGCUUCACAGCGCUGAUGUUGGCGGCAAUCCAUGGCCUGCCGAAGAUCGCGAAGUUGCUCCUGGACGCAGGUGCUCGAAAACACUUGCGUGAUAAUCAGGGGCGUACCGCACUGAUUCUAACUCAAGAUAUCACUUGCAUGAUGGAAUCUGGAGGCGGCUGUCUGAUCCAGCGCUUCCUGCGAACUGAAGCGGGGCGCUUGACAGUCAAACGGCGGAGGCCGUCUGCAUGGUUGGGGAAGCCUUGCGUGGUCGAAACGCCGGGAUCUCGCUGGGACCUCGGUGUGAAUGGUUGUGCAUAUGUCGGUGCUGAUGCUCAGCAUACCAACGAGUGCGCAGCUGAUGGUGAUGCCACUGGUGUGAAUGUGCCGCCGGAGCAUUCGCCGAUUGCAGCACUGGGCGAGGAUAGUCCGACUCGUCAAGCACUCGCCAACCAGCGCAAUGAGUUGAUCGAGGUUCUCUUGCCGCUCAGCGAUGUGCCCAAGGAGCAGGACGAUGAGAGGGUGGCAGCUUUUGAGGAGCUGCUUUGUCCUGGCCUGCAUGCCAUCAGCUCGCUAACGGCGCUUCCCUUGGAGCUGCCAUCCGAGCUCUUCGCGGCUUUGGUAGAGCGCUCGCUGCAGGUGCUCUUCAUUGCGCUUCCUUCCGAAGACGCGGAGCCGUCGAGGGCUGCGUCGACUCGAUCUACCUCAGGUGACGGCAAGCUGGCGCUGCAGGGUUCAGACAGCAGCAGAAGUGAGGUGCGCUUGCAGGCUGUGAUCGGCCUCCUCAAGGCGCUGCUGUUCCAGGCGCACACCUGGCUGGGCAUCUCCCGUCUCAUGCAGGCUGUCCAUGCUGCUGGUGCGCGGAGCCACGUGGAGUCGGUACGUUGGACCUGUAUGCAGAUCAUCGGUGAGCUUUGCAAAGUGGCACCUCUCGUCGCACUGCCUGGUGAGGAAGACGAGCACAGGGCUGCAGGCCCCUCUGAUUUGGGCGACUGGUCCGAGUGCUUGGCGCUGCUUCUGCCACGCAUGGGAGACGGCUCCAAGGCAGUGGCAGCUGCUAGCUUGGAUGCGGCGCAGCAACUCCUGGCACGAUGUCCGUUUAUGCAAGGUGUUCGAAUAGGCGUGGCGGAGGAGUAUCUGAAGCUCCCAGAGGACGUCUCCGCAAUCUUUGACGAGGAACAGCCAGGCCUUGUCACCGAGACCAUCGAGUUGCGUGGGGAUCCUGUGCCCCCUUCUCAGCAACUCGUUGGAGCCCUUGUGGCCCGUUUGCCGGCUUCCGCCAUGCCAACGAUGGUGCAACAUCUGAUGCCCUCGAUGUACGAUGUUGACAACAAGGCGGCAGAGACAGGCGUCGACGCGCUGUACUUGAUCCUCGAGUCUUCCUGCGAGAAGAUGGACGCAGAGGCAGCUGCCAACGUGGUCAGCACCGUGUUCGAAGAGGUGGAAAAGGUCCGCCACAACUCCGUUCGCCAACUCGUCCUGUCAUGUAUCAAGGUCAUGGCUCUCCACCACUUUGAUGCAGUGAUGGAGGAGCUACUCGGCAUGGGUCCGGACUUCAACACCUCGAUCAUGGCUGCACUGCAGGUCAUGGCCAAGGAGAACUCUCUUCUGCUGAAGCUUCUGAAUCAUUUGACGGCACCUUGUCUGCACCAAUGCUUUCUUCCACAGACGUCGACAGACGGGCCCACAAAGCUUUGA